AUGACUACUGAGAAGAAAGACAAGAUGGAGGCCCAAAUCAAGUCCGUUGACAUGACGGAGGACAUGCAGCAGGAGGCCAUUGCUCUCGCGAUCGAGGCUAUGGAGAAGUACCACAUCGAAAAGGAUAUCGCCCAGCACAUCAAAAAAGAAUUCGAUUCGCGAAAGGGUGCUACCUGGCAUUGCGUUGUUGGCCGAAACUUUGGAAGCUUUGUCACCCACGAGACCAAGCACUUCAUCUACUUCUACCUUGGCCACUGCGCCAUCCUCCUCUUCAAGACCCAAUAA